UAUUGAUCCGCGAUUUAGGUGAUAUAGUAUGGUAGUGGGAGACACCGGGGUACAGUACUGUCAACGACCAUCAUCGGAUAUUUUGGACGAACGAGAUUGUGUUGUCACAGAAGUCCGGAUCACGAGCGAGAACGAACGACGGUUGCGUGCGCAUGAUCAAUUCCCGGAAGUGUACGACGACGACUUCAUCAGCUACUAUUGCGCAAUUGA